GUUCUUCAGUGUCUGUUCAGUUUCAGUCGAUGCUGCGUUGCCUGUCGCUCCGUUCAGAUCCAACACGAAGAAAGUAAAGAUUUUAAUAUCAAUCCUCCAUCAUCUGCUCCUCCAUCAUGCCUCCGUCAGUCCUCCUCCUCCUCCUCCUGGGCCUCCUCAGCUCCGUCGGCUCUCUGCCUCCUCCUCGGACCUCCUUCCUCCUCGGCUCUGCAGACAGACCUCUGGUCCACUUCAGCCUCCCUGACGUCCACAACACCACCACACUGUUGCUAAGCAACGACUCCUCCACCUUGUAUGUGGGGGCGCGAGAUGCCGUCCUCUCAUUGGACGUCAGUCAGAGUGAUGUCAUCAGCCUGAAGAAUAAGCUGGACUGGAGUCCGUCUCUGUCUCAGAUCCACGACUGUAAACUUAAAGGGAAGAACCCGACGGUCGACUGUCCAAACUUUGUCCAUGUGUUGGAGCAGAUAAACUCCACCCACCUCUACACCUGUGGCAGCUUCGCCUUCAGCCCUCACGACAGCUUCAUCGACACUGAGAGCUUCACCCUGGUCCAACAUGGCGACGCUAAAGGUCGCUGUCCCUUCAGCCCGUUCCAGAGGAACACGGCCAUCACCAUUGACGGCGAGCUGUUCACCGCCACGACCAGCGACUUCAGAGGAGUCAAACCUCAGAUCUCGAGACACUUCACCAAACAGAAGCGAGGGGACGUCAGCCAGGACUCGUCCGUCAAUUUACUGGAGGAGCCAACGUUUGUGAGCUCGUCGUGGGACCCGGCCGAGAGGAAACUCUACUUCUUCUUCAGCGAGGUUGGGAAAGAGUUCAGCUUCGUGGACGAGCUGCAGAUCUCCCGGGUCGCCCAAGUCUGCAAGGACGACGUCGGGGGACAGAGGACGCUGCAGAGGAAGUGGACGUCCUUCGCCAAAGCCCCUCUGCUCUGUCAGUCCCACAGACAGCUGCCCUUCAACGUCCUCCAGGACGUGUUCACCCUGCAGCCAGCAGAGGGCGGCGAUGCCUCCGACACCCUGUUCUACGGCGUCUUCACCUCUCAGUGGUCCUCCGGUCCAGAGUCGGCGGUCUGUGUCUUCAGGCUGCAGGACGUCAGGACGGCGUUCACCGGAGGCUACAGGACCUUCGACAUGCAGACGCACCGGUGGAGUCCGCUGCUGGAAAAACACUCAUACCUGGGAAAGUGUGGACUGGACAACGCAUCAGAUUCUGAGCUGGCGGAGGUGAAGAAGAGUUUCCUGACCGGUUCUAGUGUCAGACCGGUGUCAGACGGGCCGGUCCUGGUUUCCUCUGAGCAGCAGUACAGCAGAGUGGCCGCCAUGAGGACGACGGCAGCCGACGGCAAAAAGUACACCAUCCUCUACCUGCUCACAGAGUCUGGCUUCCUGCACAAAGUGGUUCUGUUUGACCGGGGUGCUCGGGUCAUCGAGGAGAUUCAGGUCUUCACACAACCUCAGCUGGUCAAAAGCCUCGCUCUGUCCUCCACCAAGGGAGUCCUUUAUGUGGGGACGUCUGAGGGUGUGACCGCCGUCCCCGUGUCCAACUGCUCCACCUACAGAACCUGCAGCCAAUGUGUUCUGGCCAGAGACCCUCAGUGUGGCUGGAGUCCGACCAGGAGCGUCUGCACCGGUCUGGGCCGCGGUUCUGAGACCAUGGUUCAGGACCUGGAGAGCGGCGGCGUGGGGGAGGGGUGUCAGCAGCAGAGCAGAGCCAAUCAGGACACAGAGGUCAGCGUUCAGCUGAAUGAAGUUGUGAGACUUCCAUGUCUGAAACCUUCCAACAUGGCCGCUCUCACCUGGACCUCCCCUCAGUUCGAACACCUGCCAGAGAAACUCUUCAUCCAAUCAGCUGACGGCAGCCUCAGGUUCCUCGCCGCCGCCGCCACCUUCGGUACCUACCGCUGUGAGGCGGAGGAGGGCGGGUACAAGGAAGUAGUCUCAGGCUACACUGUCAGACAGGCGGCUCCGCCCCGCUCCAUGAGCCCCUCCCCAACUGUCGACGGCCACGUGCCCGACACUAAAGACGAGUCUUUCGAGGACAUUGCCACUGAGGCCCCCUGGGUCCCAGAACCUUCAGGAGACCCAGAGGACAGAGAGGACACGUUCACGACCAGUUUAAAAGACGAGACCACCUUCAACGUCAAAGACUCCGAUUUGAAAAACCACACUGAAGAUCAUUGGACCGUGACCUCCAGAAAAGACUCGCACUCCUGGAAGGAGCCGGGCGCCGUCCCUCCUCGAGAGAAGAGUUACUACAGCGAGCUGGUGGUCGUCUCCCUCCUGCUGGGCCUCUGCAUCUGCGUCCUGGUCCUCGGAGGACUGCACCUGUGGCGCCAACGGAAGACUGAGCUCAAAGUGAAUCCUCUGGUCGGUGCGGACGGUACGGAGGUGAAGCUUGUGAUGAAGCUACGCUAACAGUUUCCCCCCACCUCCAGUGUCUGUGCUAAGCUAGGCUAAACACCUGCCUGACCUGUCUCUGUAGUGGACACACAGAGAUGAAACUGAACCACCUGAAACACAUGGAGCAUCAGGCCUGACGUCUGCAUCCAAUGUAUUUGUUAAAAAGCUGAAGAUCCCUAAACCUGGGGGGGGGGGGGGGGGUGCUCAUGUGUAAACAGUUUAUUUCUACAUACAGCUGUGUUUUAUUUAAGUGAUUAUCACACAGAAAACCUCAGGCAAAGUAUUAUUACCUUUUUUAUUAGUUGUCCAUUAUUUCCUCACUCAUUUAUAAUUAAUUAAUUCACAUUUAGAGUCUAACAUUUAAAAAAAAUCAUAGUUUCACAAAGUCCAAGGUGAUGUUUCAUCUAAAGCCCAAAGAAACUCAGUUUAUCAUCAUCAACAGAUCCAUUAUCUAUUAUCUACCAUCUAUUAUCCACACAGCUUAUCCAUAUAGGGUCGGGGGGGCUGGAGCCAAUCCCAGCUGACAUUGGGCGAGGGCGGGGUUCACCUGGACAGGUCACCAGUCCAUCACAGGACUGAGAUAUUCACACAUUUACACCUAAAGGAAUCAGCUGAAUUUUAUAAAGCUGGAACCAAGUUUCUCAAAGUUUCAUUGUCACUGAAUCAUUUUGAAGAUUUUGUUGUGAUUUUUUCCUUGUUGUUAUAAAAUGUGAUAAACUGAUAUUUUCUUUCUUCUAUAUGUUGAAGCGACUUCUCAUGAUAAUCUGAACCAUAUGUCGUAUGAAAAGAUUUUAUAAAAACUUGUUUUACAGCGUCCAUGUUUCCACAUGUUUUGCUGUCAUGUGACUCGUUCUGCACAGAAUCUUUUUUCAGGUCACUUUUAAUUUUAAUUUAGUUUUCUUUAAUAUAGUAACAUUUAAUAUUGAUGUGUAAACAUGUUUAAUGACGUUGUUUUGUGAAUAAUUUAGUUGUUUAAAAAUCAGGGAGUGUGAUCAUUGAAUCUUUUGUAUUUCAUGAACAGAAACAGUCACUGAUCACUUUGUGUAAAACCUGCUGUGAAUGUAAUGAUGGGACCAAUAUAUCAAUAUAUCAGUAAUUAUCAAUAACCUCUAACAAGCCAGAGCAGCAUUUUGCAUGACUGUCAUUUUUGAUAAUUUAUUAAUUCUUUAUUUAAGGAGAAUUCAUAAAUAUCUUCAUGUGUGGUUGUCAUGACGACACCCCCCUGUGGAUCCAGUGGGAACUGCAGAAUGUGAAUAUGUUGAAUUUUUACAGUUUUUAUUUAAUAGAUAAUCAGGUUUUCUGAUAAUUCAUAUAUUGAUCCCACAAUGUGAAGAUGAAUGUUUUUUUGACUGUGAUGAUGAUGAUGAUUCAGCUCUGAUAAAUCCUGCUCUUUUAGCUCUCAGUUGUUUGUUUGUUUGUUUGUUUGCUCAGUAAAUGCAGGGUCGUUGUUUUGCUCUCAUAGAGUAUUUUUCUUUGUUUACGUUGAUCACUGAUUUUAAAGCUGCAGCUUCUCUUCUUCUCAGUUGAUCCUCGAUCAGCUGUUUUGUUUUCACACACUGUAAAUGUGAGCGAACACGCUGCUGCGUCUGCUGAGGAAAUAAAGGCAAUAAAACAACAAA